AUGGAUCUCACGCCGCUGCAACGCAGCGUUUUAGACAAAUAUGAGACGCUUUCAAGGUCACUGCACAAUCUCGAUGACACGAUCAAGAAUCUAAGGGAUAACGGGACUUCAGAGUCCCCAGAACAGGUUCUUCAGCAGCUCAGAGAAAUAGAAUACAAAAUUGCACUUGUAGGAACACUUUUCAAAGGAAGUGUGUAUUCCUUGGUUUUGCAAAGAAAGGCAGCGCAGGACGCUGCCGGGAAACCGGGAAAUAUGCAGUGA